AUGAAGCACUUGUUCUUCCAUUGCCUGAGAGUGGUUCAAGUCUGGUUGCACUCUCCUCUCAAUUUGUGCUCGACUUUGAUUAAUGGGGAUUCUAUGAUUGAUUGUUGGUCAGAGAUUGCAACUGCUUUAUCUCAGUUUCAAGCUAAUCGGGAUUAUCUUCCUUUGGUUGCUUUCUUGUUCUGGCGUUUAUGGAAAUCUAGAAACAUGCUUACUUUUGAAAAUAAGCAAAUGCAAUUCCAAGAAGUGGUUGCCAUUGCAAUUCAUUCUUUGGAAGAGUUUCAACAAGCUCAUAAAGCUUCUCAAUCACUUCCCACUCAAUCACCUCGGCCUUUAUCCAAUUGGUCCCCUCCUGCACCUGGUUGUUUCAAAAUCAAUUUUGAUGUAGCUUUGGCAAAACACAGAAAUGAAGGAUCUAUUGUAGCUAUUAUUAGAGAUUCUUCUGGUCAGCCUUUGGGCUGGUACUGUAAGAAAGUAUCCAAUCUUCUUUCUUCCCUUGUUCUUGAAGCUUUAGCUUGCAAACUAGCGGUUCAGUUAGCAAUUGAUAAAGUAAUCAAUGAUGUUAUUGUUGAAGGGGAUGCCUUGGUAGUAAUUCAAGGUGUUCAGUCUCAAGAACCUAUGCUGGAGAUCCAAGGGAUCAUUCAGGAUGUGGCCAUUCUGACACAAUCCAUCCAGCGAAUUAGCUUUACUCAUGCUAGUAGAGUUUGCAAGAAGGCUGCUCAUAGCCUUGCUCAAAAAUCCUUGCAUGAUCUUUCCUUUUUAUAUAAUCCCAUGAUGCAAGUGAUGUUUGUAAGGUCAUUGAUGCCUCUUUAG